AUCGCGCCCGUUCACCCGCAUCGAGUAUGCAUGAUUGGUUGUGGGCAGAACUACAGUUGUGCCAGCAGAACUGGCAGAAUAACCAGUUAUGCCGAGCGGCAUCAUGGACUCUGGUGGUGAAAUUUUCAUAUCUACAACAUCAACAACAGUCCUACCGGAGACAUCAACAACAGCCUCGUCUUAUCCACCAUCCUCGCCGUCAUGAUCCAUGACAUCGGCCUCAUCUAUAGCAGCUUGGGGUGCUAUCCCUCGGUCAACCCCCUCCAAUUCGGCAAAAUAAAAUGCCUUCCCUCCAAGGACCUCUGCGUCGUCAAUACUUCUCCUGUGCUUCGAGAGCAACAAUCAAAUGCAUCGGCAAUUUCAUCUACAUCUUGUGGUUCUGCUGCAAGUGGAAUGCAAAAUUGGCUUCUUGCAGUCCAUCAGUCUGCAUCUGCGUACGAAUCCACACAGCACCCAGUACAAGCACGUCUGUCACAAUUCAAAUAUUCACGGCCCACACAGUGUCCUUCCACACUUUUGCAGUACCGUCCCCAACCAUGCUCUUAUCUGUUUACUUCAUGAAGCAAACUACCUCCAAGGAUACAACCCAUCUCAAAGAAAGUUUCCCCAUCCAGCACAUAUUCAUCGGCCGUACCUGAAGGAUGAUAUUCCUCCACGAUUCCCUCAUAUGCUAAGUGAUGUCACUGGGAAGGCGGACGAGAAUUCGAGGCCAAAGUAAAUUGCGAGGACAGAAAAGAAGGCGACGAGUAGCACGUGGGGGGAUAUCCUGACCCGGAGAAAUUCCGUCUAAAGUUCUUCGUCUGGUUCGAAAUUCAUAUCUGCCGCAUCGACUGCAAGACCUCGAGCGAAGGCACCUGCUCCUUCUUCUGU